AUGCACAACCGUGAGGGAGCGCUUCGGCUGGUUGAGGACGAGCUGCCUCCCCAAUAAGAUGGCAGCGCCGCUUGGCGCAGACUUGAUUAACAAGCGAGGAAGACGCCCCGCUGCUGCUACUACUGCUCUGUGGCGGCCUCCCAACACACAACCAGCAUGUCGUUCUCCUACAGAAUCCGAUUCAUUGACAGAUGAAUGGAUGACGGAAGUAACGGUGAAUUGCAGGCAGCUCUUCAUGUGAUCACCUUGUGCACGUGUGUCUACACUAGUGACGGAGCGAGACAUCAGGAAGCUGAUCGAGCUUCGCGCCGCCAACAGCGCCAUCUUCACGGGACAGAGGCACUCGGCCAUGCGGGGCUGGAGGGCCAUCCGGCAGGAGCUCGGCCUCGAGGGGAUGGUGUCGGCGCGCCAGUUAAAGAAGAAAUGGGACAACCUGAAGGAGAAGUACCGGGUUCUGAAGCACCCUCCGGCAGGGAUGGAGCGGCCGGGGCGACCCUCGUGGCGCUGGUUCCAGCUGAUGGACGAGGCGGCGAGCGGGCAUCUGGCCGCAAGCGGCAAACUGCUGGAGCCGUCGGUGCUGGACGACGCCGAUGACAAUACCGUGCCUCACUUCACCUUCGGCGACUUGGCGGCGCACGCGGCCUCGCUCGGCUCGGACGAAGAAGCGGAGGCGUGCAGCGAGGUCGUUGUCGCGGCUCCGCAGAACGUGUUGAGCGCGGACGUCUCGGAGGCGAACGGUGACGGUAAGACGGAAGUGCCAUCGGACGCCGGCGGCCAGCUUCAGCCCGAUGACGUCGCGCUGUACGCCACGCUGCUGCCCGAGGGCCUCGCCGCGGACGCCGUUCACAGCGACGAUGCAGAGGCGCCGGCCUGCGGCAGCCCCGCCGAGCAUGAACAGUUACACGACAGGCGGGGCCUGGGCCCACGCUCCAAAGGUCUGGAGCGGGAGCUGGCGGCGCUGGAGCGGGAGCGGGCUGCGCUGGAGCGAGAGAGGGCAGUUUUGGAGCGGGACAGGGCAGCGUUGGAGCGGGACCGAGUGUGUCUGGAUCGAGACCGGGCCUUUCUGGAUAGGGACCGGGCUUUCCUCGAGCGGGACCGGGCACUUCUGGAUCGGGCCCGGGAGGAGGCGGCCCGGUCCGGGUCACUGCUCGCAAAUGCCGAGGAAAUGGCAGAGAACCAGCGCGCGGUCGGCGGAGACGGCGAGCCGCCCGGGAAGGAAGGGGUGGAGUCGACCAGGUUUUGCCAGAACUUGAUGGCCAUCGACGUCGGACUCGAGCAGCUGGAGAGCACGCAGAGACUCGUGUCCUUGUUUAGCAAGCUGGUUGACAAACUCUAGACGCUCGUAAAAUUGCACUUGAAUCCCUCCCUAGUGUGUACUGUUACAGCGGUGUCUAAAAUGGCAACAUUUUUGUCAACCGUUAUAUCGGAAAACUAACUGAAAUUACAGCUGAUGUUUGUGAAACUCGAACCGUGAGCAGCCUUGUUGGGAUACUGGCACAUUGAGUUACUUGAGCAUUGGAAUUAUUACUAUUUUAUUUU